GGAGUGAAACUAGAUGUGAACGCUUUCUGGAUCUGUCAAGACUGAGCUCUGCUUUUCUGCUGCAUAACACAUCCACCCGAUUCAACAAAUAGGGACAAACAGUGCUGGAGUGCAGUGUUUGAGUUUUCCAGGCUCUUGUUGUGUUUACCGGUGUUUUUCUGGUGCUUUCCGAACUGUUUUAGGAGGGAGAGAGAGAGAGAGGGAGGGAGGGAGAGAGAGAGAGAGAGAACGGGAGAGAAAGAGAGAGAGAGAGAGGGCGAAGGAGCGCGAGAGGGGUGUGAGAGUGAAGCUCUAUCAUUCUUUGCGGACUGGAGGCUCAAAAACAGCGGAAGAGAGAGAGAGAAAGAGUGUGAGAGAGAGAGAGGAAUCAAUCAGCCAUGGCAAAUAUCGCUGUGCAGAGGAUCAAGCGAGAGUUUAAAGAAGUGCUGAAAAGCGAAGAGACGAGUAAAAAUCAAAUAAAAGUAGAUCUGGUGGAUGAAAACUUCACAGAGUUAAAGGGAGAAAUAGCAGGACCACCAGACACACCAUAUGAAGGAGGAAGAUAUCAACUAGAAAUCAAGAUCCCUGAGACGUAUCCAUUUAAUCCACCCAAGGUUCGGUUUAUUACAAAGAUCUGGCAUCCCAAUAUAAGUUCUGUUACCGGGGCGAUAUGUUUGGACAUUUUAAAAGACCAGUGGGCUGCUGCUAUGACUCUGCGAACAGUUCUGCUCUCACUACAGGCUCUGUUAGCUGCAGCAGAGCCCGAUGAUCCACAAGACGCUGUGGUAGCCAAUCAGUAUAAGCAGAAUCCAGAAAUGUUCAAACAAACCGCUCGUCUCUGGUCUCACGUAUACGCCGGUGCUCCCGUGUCCAGUCCUGAGUACACACGCAAAAUAGACAAACUUUGUGCAAUGGGCUUUGACAAAAAUGCAGUAAUAGUAGCCUUGUCCUCAAAAUCAUGGGACGUGGAGACAGCGACAGAGCUGCUACUAAGCAACUGAUCAUCCAGUUCUAUUCAUCAGGCCAUAUUUCCAUCAGACCCCUCCUGCUUCAUGACCCAUUCACUCCCACCCAAACAACCAUCCACACAUGCGUCACCCAUGUUGGGUUGUGUUCAGAAUGAAUGUUUUGGUGAGAAGCAGCAGCAGUUAGACUGCCAGACAAAUAGUGUGCAACUUUAUCAGAGUCUCUCCCUGCAAACAUUCACAUCCAGUGUCUUUUUUUUUUCUCCCCGUCAUGUUUAACUUGUUUUUGCUUUGCUACAAUCAUUUUCCCCUCUUAUAUUUAGGCUGUCGCUUCCUUUUUAAAGAAUCCCAGCAAAGACAAAGCCAAUAUCACUGUCAUUUCACACUAAAGAAGCUCCCGCUUAGAUCUGAGCAGCAAUGUUAGCACAUGUAGUUCAUUUAAGGUUGUGUACAUUAAAAAUGCAAAAUAGCAGGAAUGCUCUUUUUUUUCUGCACACCAUAAGACGUUUUGGGUUUGCUCAUUUGAAUGGGAUAUUUAGCAUAUAAAACGAACAAAAAAAGAUGAAUAUUAGCCUUUCUGUGAACUAAUGUGUGAUUUAAUUUGCUCAUUUCAUUCUUUUAAUGUCUGUUUUGGCUUUCCUUUACACUAAUCAGUCUGUAUAGAAGUGGAUAUGGCCAGAUGACAUGGUGUUGUGAGUGCAGAUGCAGUUUCAAGCUUACAGGGUGAAGUGUGUGUUUUUUUUUUUACAUAUAUACAUAUGAAAAGAUGCCCUUUCUCAUUUUGAAAAAGGGGUGAUGUGAGAAUAUUGGUCGCAAACCCUUCCUCUAUUUGACUUCAAGGCAGCUGUAGAGGAUGUGACUUGAUCGUGGACAGUUGCCUUUUUUUUCCCCUAAAGAAGAAGAAUAAUGUAUGAAACAAUUAGCAUUUGUGUAAGCACUUGUAGGAAGUGAAGACACGAGAUUCUCCUCUCUCAUAAAGACUGGAUUUUGUUUGUGAAGCAAUCAGGAUGGCUGGCGUUUCUUAACACACUCAACUGGAUAUAGAUUUGCUGCAGGUAUAAUUUCACGUUUGGCACAUAACCCACAUUGCAAGCAUGUUUCAAGCAAGCUAGAGUUCUCUAGUCUAUAAAGAUGCUUUCAAGCAAGCGGGCCAAGAGCGCGAGUACUGCCACACAAUGCUUUGUGAUCCUGGUUUUUACCUCGUGUUUUGUUCUUACAGGGGUGAAAGCUUUCUUUUUCUCUUUUUGCUACUUGCCUUGCCUCUUUGCUAGCCUUCCCACAUCCCAUCUGUUCUCAUAAUACCCCCAAUUCAAAGCUAGUUGCUUUCGUACACCUUUCUCAUGUACAUACAGCCAAGUUUGUUUUGGGACGGGAGGGAGGGGGGGGAUAAAGCGCACUGUUCAUCUCUAGAAUGCACCAUCGAUGGCUGGAUUUAUAUUUUGUAUGAAAAACAAACAAACGAAAAAAACAAAAAGACUGUCUUCCUGUAGUGAUCACCUUGUUCAAUAUUGCACGAAGAAGGACAAAAACUUCAGUCAAAGGAGAAAUGCAGGUCAUGGGCUCUGGCUUUAGUCACUUUAAGCUCCUUUACGAAACAAGACAGAAAAAAAACCUACUCGAGCCGUACAAGCAUGGUUAUUUAUUGUGAAACUGUCAUAUUCUUUUGAAUUAAAAAAAGUGAAAAUUGAAAA